AUGGCCCCAAGGGGAUCCUGCCCCUUGCUCUUCCUGACCCUCGUCCUGCUAGCCAUCUGUCUAGCCCAGAACAUUGUACUACCCAACAGCUAUGAGCGGUUUGUGAGUGAACACGUUGAUUUCCCCAAGACCAGACCCCCCCAAGGGCAGAGCUACUGCAACGUCAUGAUGCGUUGCCUCUGCCUGACCCACCCUGGCUGCAGACCCAGUAACACCUUCAUCCAUGCCCCCACCAGACAGGUCAGAGCCAUUUGCAGCCGCCCACGGAUAUGCGUCUACCCCAGCCUCAACCAGUGCGACAGCCUCACAGCCUUCUGCCUCACCACGUGCCAGCUGGUGUUCAACCCCCGCCUCCCACCACGCUAUAUCUACAGGGAAAUACCCCAGACCCGCAGGAUCCGCGUGACCUGUAACCAGCAGCAGCGGCCCGUGCACUUCCUCAGAAUCCUGUAG